GGGUAGCGGGUGCGAGGGGAAUGGAUGCCAACAGCGGGGCGCGCAGCACCCCGGGUGCCCGUGCGGCGGUUCCGCUUUCGUUUCCCCGACGGGGUCCGCACGGCGAGGCGGCGCGUACCGAAGGGUGAGACCGCCCGUUUGGGGGCGUGGCGGGGUGGUUGGCACAGCCCGUUUUGGGGGGACCGUGGACUGCUCCGCCCCGGGGCUGAACCUGGAGGCGUAUCCUUGCCGAGGCCCCAUCCCCUAACCAGAGCCCGCCCACAGGAGCUGGAGGAGGUGCGGCGCUGGGGCGGGGUCCGCGACCUGCACUUGGUGGACCGUGACGUGCUGCGCUGGAGGGGACUGCUGCUGCCUAACAAUCCCCCCUACAACACUGGUGCCUUUCGCUUCGAGCUGACCUUCUCCCCACAUCACCCCUUUGAGCCUCCUCGUGCCAGGCUUCUCACCAGCAUCCACCACCCCGGUGUGCUCCCCGAUGGCACCGUGUGCCAGCCCCUCACUUCCCCCGAGAACUGGGAGCCCAUCACCUGUGCCACGCACGUGCUGCAGGACCUGCUGCUGCUGCUGGACAACCCUGGCACCGAGCGGGUGCUGCGCCCUGAGCUGGCCCGUGAGCUGAGUGAGAGGCCCGAGGCCUUCCUGCACCAGGCAAAGGAGCACACCCGUCGCUAUGCCGAACCGCGCCCCGACACCCUUGGGCCCUGAGCCCCCACCUCAGUGCCCCCUGUCCUGUACAUAAAGCUCCCACCUCAUAUCUUGUGACCCCUCUGCACGAUGCUGUCCACAUGAGAGAUGAGGCACCACA